AUGUCGGACUAUGAUUACUCUGAGUAUAUGUACUAUUCCUACUAUUUCUUGUCUUAUGUGUACACCUAUCCAAAUGGCAGCAAUGUGACUGAGUGGACCAAAAUAACACUGCCUGAUGAACCUCAACGGCUCGAAUCGAUAAUUAUGCCAGUUCUGUUCACCGUCACUUUCGCCGUGGGAAUGGCAGGUAAUAUCCUGGUCAUAGUAACCGUGCUUAUUGGUAAACAGAGAAUGAAUACAACCAACAUUUUCAUCUGUAACUUAGCUGUGGCUGAUUUGCUGUUGUCUGUUUUCUGUACGCCGUUUUUCAUGACGUUGUUUCUCUUGCCUGAUUGGAUCUUCGGCGAAUUCAUGUGCAAGCUGACAAAUUUUCUGUUCCAGUGCACAAUGUUUGCUAGCAUUUUCACUAUGGUUGUUAUGUCCUUCGAUCGCUUCCUGGCUGUGGUUUACCCGAUCCGUUCAAUGAAAUGCCGAACGCCUACCUUUGCGCUUGGUGCAAUAAUUGUCAUUUGGACGCUUUCAGUGGCCGGUUCGAUGCCAUAUUGGAUUGUGUACAAGACGGUCACCGUUCAUUGGAUGGGCUGGCACACCCACUGCGUGGAUGACUGGCCGAAUCAACGACCGGGUUACAACGCAUCGGUGCUCGUCUUUGGUUAUAUGCUGCCGUUCCUGUUCAUUACGGUGAUUUAUCUUCUGAUGCUAAAAAGACUCUGGGGAACCGUUGCUCCCAGUAGUUCGUCACAUGACAAUGUGAAGUCGAAGAAAAAAGUCACAAAAAUGGUGAUCAUGGUUGUUGUAGUUUUUGGUGUGUGCUGGCUGCCCCACCAUAUCAUUACUAUGUGGUUUAAUUUCGACGUGAACUUUCCCUUCAGCAUGUUUACGUAUGUCCUCAGACUGGUAGCCAUGUUCUUAUCAGCAUUCAAUUCUUGUAUUAAUCCUAUCAUUUACGCUUUUAUGUCUGAAAAUUUCCGCAAAAGUUUCAAAAAGACAUUGACAUGUUAUCGUCGGAGCAACCAUGUAGGGACCUCUAUGGCAUCUACUAAUCCUACUGGUCCUAUGAAAAACAAUGUUACAACAUUCACAGAUGAAUGUUUUAACGACCAGGUUGUUUGA